GCCGAGUGGUUGUCUUGGCAAGAGGCGGCGGCGGCGGCAGUAUCGGAGGGUAGCCAUAGAAACCGGCCCAGCGCCAUAUCAAACUGGAUCCUUCCUUCCCCCGGGACACAAGGAGGGAGGAGGCGGGACUGGCCGGAUCCGCUCCGCGCGUCGGUCAAGCUGCGUCAAGGGCUGCAGCGGUAGCCGCGGGUGCGGUAAAAGCAAGAGGAGGAGGAGGAGGAAGCGCCCGCAAUCUCCGGGCCGGAGGAGUCGGGCCUUGGUUGCUGCCAGAGGAGAGCAGGUGGGGCAGCCGGGAGGGAGCAGCAAGGCGGCGAUCAGCUCCCCCAGGCUGGCCACUCGAGCCCUGCGGAUUGGAAGAAGCGCGCCCGGGGAAAAGCGGGGCUUCUUUGAAACGGGAGAAAACCCGGAAGAUACUCGGCGGAUCCUUCACCGCCCGACGCCUGGUUCCCGCUUCUGCAGAAUCCAGAAAAUCCGCCUUGCCCAGGUUUUAAAACCCUGGAAAGACUUUGGCUCUGAUUUGGAUUUUGCAAUUUCUUCUUCCUGGGAUUUUUCUGUUUGCGCCGCCGAUCAGCCCGCUCACUUUCCCACCCAUCCUUAGAAAUGGAGCGCGCUCCCUUUUCCCCCCGUCUAGACUGCAGGCGCUGUUAACCCUCCGAGCUUUUAACUCAAGAUUUGCGCGGGAUUUACUUCAAUGCAACCAAGGCGCGUGGGUUGAUGUGUCUCCGCGGGUGGGUCCGAGUUCGUGCAAUACGUCCGGCAGGAUUUUUUCCGAAUUGCAUAUUGUUUUGAUCAAUGCAUUCCAUUGAUUUAAAAUUGCACCCAAUCCUCCGAUUUUACACCGGAUUAAAAGACUGCCGGUUCACUCCUUUUUGUAACGCGCCGCUUUUCUCCUUUUCAACUGGAUCGCAGAGCGCUCCUGGUGCGCUAAUCUGGGUUUCCCAUAUUUUUUUUUUGAGUAGAGCAAUCCAGAUUAACGUAGUUAAAACUGCGGGAGGUGUUUGCUGGUUUUCAGAGCGAUGUUGCCAGGAUCUAUUCAGAUCUCUGGGGAGACUUUAUCCAGUGCAGAGAUUCGGGAUAUUUGUGAGAGCUUGCGGGAGAACUCCAUCAAACUGCUUUCCCUCCGUGGUUGCCAAAUUUCCGAUAGAGAUUUCGGUCGCAUCUGCAAGGGGGUGGCAGAGUCUCAUUCCUUGGCUCAACUUAAUCUUAAUUUAGGGAUUGUUUCCAAUAUCAAUCGGGUCAAGCAAUUGGCUGAAGCUCUGAAGACAAACCGCUCUGUCCAAUCUUUAUUCCUUCAUGGAAGUCCUUUGACAGAUGCUGGUCUGGCCAUUCUCAACCCAGCUUUAUCCAUCCAUCCCUCCCUUGUGGCCUUGGAUUUAGGGGACUGCAUGCUGGGGGAUGAAGGUAUCAACUUGAUUUGUGGCCUUCUUCCUCCUGAUGGGGCCAAGUCAGGAUUGAAGGAACUGACUCUCAGUGCAAAUUCUGGCAUCACCCCCAAAGGAUGGGGACGUCUGGCUAUUGCAGUGGCUCAUAGUUCCCAGGUGCGAGUGUUGAACUUGGACUACAAUCCCCUGGGUGACCAGAUAGCAGCAAUGCUGGCUGUUUCAGUGGCAUCCAGCCGCACCUUAGAAGUUUUAGACUUGGAAGGGACAGGACUUACCAAUCAGUCAGCUAUGAUCCUAUUGGACAUGGUGGAAAACUAUCCAACAGCUCUGAGGACAUUGAUCCUGGCAGAAAACAACAUUAGUCCUGAACUACAGCAGCAAAUCUCAGACCUUCUUUCAGAGGGCGAGGAGGAAGAUGAGACUGUGAACCAUGAAGUGAUGGCCAGAGAGAAGAAUUCCUGGAUCUGUCAAAGCAGAUGAAAUCUUAAUAGAAGCCGAUGGAUACUAAAUUUGAAUAUAAACUAAUAGUUAAUGCUUUCAUGGAGAUGGCAAGCCACUUCCAAAAUCUUUUCAAGAAAACUGCAGGGAAGACUUCUGGGGAAGAAACAACAAGCUGAAGAUGGCACCACAAAAGGUGAAGCUGACCAUGACAGAAUGAAGACCCAGCAACUGCCUCUCCACAAUUUCUCUUCAGACAAUGAGAGGACCACAAGUGCUCCAGAUAGUUGUUCCUCAUGGGGAGACCAUGAGACAGUGAUCUCAGUAGCUUUAAAACUCUGGGAGAUUAGGGAAUAGCCAUCUUGUUCAAACUCCAUUUGGUUCCUCAAAAAGACACUUGGUUUGCAUACUCCCUUUCCUAAUCACUUUUGGAAAAUACAUGUUAAUUGCUUUUCAGCUAUAAGGAACUUUCAAAUCAACAAAUUUUACAAUACCCAGUGAGUCUCUUUCAAUCCUUGUGAAAUAAGUUUGAAAUAGCAAUAGCACUUAGACUUAUAUACUGCUUCACAGUGCUUUACAGCCCUCUCUAAGCUGUUUACAGAGUCAGCCUAUUGGCCCCAACAAUCUGGCUCCUCAUUUUACCGACCUCGGAAGGAUGGAAGGCUGAGUCAACCUUGAGACUGGUGAGAUUCGAACUGCCAAAUUGCAGUCAGCCAGCAGGCAGCAGAAGUAGCCUGCAGUACUGCACUCUAACCACUGCACCACCAUGGCUUAUUUAUUAAAUACUUAAUGAUAUUUUUUUUCUAGAAUAAACAGCAAAAAGGAUGAUUAAAGCUUUGAUUUUAUAACAGACUAAGGGUUCAGAUAAAUUUCAAAAAAAUAUUUUGAAAUUAAUUGUAAAGAAUCCUUGUGGGAAAAUGCUUUUGUUUUGAGUUCCUUUACAAAAUAUAGUAAAACAAGAAAACUGCAGGGACUUGUCUAGGCAGUCACCAGAUGACAUUAAAGUGCAGAUACACCCUAAAUAAAUGCUUUCCUAUUGAAAGCUAUUUUCUUGAAUCAUUCAUAUAAAUGGUAUGUGGAAGUAGAAAUUAAUAGAGUCACCUACCCUGCUUACAAACACACACCAGUCUGGUUUCCAAUUUAUUUAUUUCUAUAUGCAGCAGUUCCAUAAUUAAAAUUAGAGGUUAGAUACGGUUGCACCUUCAAUAUGUAUAUACAAUUAAUGCAGCAAUAUGUUAUUAUCUUGGGGAGACAAUGUAGUACCAAUGAAUAUCUUUUGUUUCUAAUUUUAGAAAAGAAAGGAGCUAGUUUGCUGCGUCUUUACGUAAACAAUACCUCUAAUUUCCACAUAGGUCCAAAACCAUGUACUUGGAAAAUAAAAAUGGAAACAGCCUAGUUCUUCAUUUGGCGCUGUAAACGCUUAUCAAUUAAAUAAAUUAAGAGAGGAAAAUACAAUUCUGUGAAAAAGUAUGUGCCAAUUUUUAAAACAUGCUGAAUGUUUGUUUAUCUUAGUAUAUCGCUGAUACUAAAAGUCAUUGGAGCGUCAUACAGGCCAUGGUGAUAAAAAAACAGAAUCGGAGCAAACAUAUAAAUACCAAGACCUGCUGCUUCUUUCUUUUAAAAAUGAUUUUUUUAAGGAUUUUAAAAAAUACAUUCCAAAGAUCAGCCCUAACCACCAUUCAGUGCCAUUGUAACUUCAAAGGGCUCUUGAAUGAAUGGUUGUAAACUACUACUUGUAAUAAAAGAUAGCACAAAUUGAAAUCAGGAAAAAAAAAAGACUAGAAAAAAAUAAAAAUUCAAAGAAAAAAGAAAGAGGGGAGAAAAAACCAAUAAAGAAAUGAUUUCUGAACUUUACAAGUACAAACAAAAUUUUCCCAUCCUCUAAAAUAUUACAGAUGGAUCACUUUCCUCCUAUAAGCUAUCACUUAUCCAUUGGCAAAUCCAUAAAACCUUGUUUUUGUCCAGAUGUCGGCAAAAAGCUUGUAAAGGCUUCCCAGUAUUUCAUAAAUAUGUCAUAUUUUAAUCCUGACAUCAACUUUGCAUUCCUUCCUUUUGCUUCUAAUAAUCCUUAAUUCAUUCUGCUGCUCUUGUAGGAUAUGAUCUCACUUCAAUUUUUGUUUUCCGAUCUCAAAAGAUUUACAUUCGUAAAUCUGAUAAAAAGUCAUUAUCCAGAGUUAUUUUGUCUUACCAUUUGUAAUUCCAUUUUGUCUAUCAUCUCCGAUUUAUAGUCCAGAAUUUAUUUCCAAGUCUUUCUGCAUUAAUACUUGUGUAUCCUUUUCAUCUUGUCAGUCUUCCAAAAUAUUCCCUUUCAGUUAUCAUUUCUUUUUCAAAAUCUUUUGGAAGUAAUACAUUCUUAUACUGUAGGAAAACACUGUUGCUGACGUAUUAGCUAACCCCAUUCUUCAAAAAUGUCCUGAAAUGUCUUAAAUGUCAUAACCUUGUUUGUCAUUGGUAGGUUUCAUAAGACUUUUUCCUUUCUUCUGCCUGAAGUCUUUAGUCCCCUCUAGUGUUAAAAUUUUUAAAUUGCAAAAUUUCAAAUUUCUAUUGCUUAUUUUCUAAUAGACUUAAUUCAUAUUCCCAUGAUAAUACUGGGUUUUUAAAAUUAUUUCCAAAAGCUUUUAACAAAAGUCCUAAUAUUCCAAAACUGUCUGAUCCCUUAAUUUGUUUGUAACUUUUUAAGAUUAACUUAUUAAGCUUUUUGCUGUUUUACCUCAAUUUCUUUUAAUUAUGUAGGCUGUUACUUUAUCUUUUGUAUUGGAACAAAUGUUAACUCACCGGGUGGUUUUACGAACUUGUUGCUUCCAAGAUUUUUUGCAACUUUAUAGUAAUUACACUUCAAAAGGUGUUUAGAAAGGGAGGUUUAAUGAACCUGGUGUUCUUAAAAGGCUCUGCUGAAAUUGAGGAUGGCUUCCUCAAUUUUUCCUCAACCAUCUCCUGGCGGUGAAACCUGCAGGAAGCUGCUGUUAUCACUAGAUAGAGAUGGCUGGAUUUUUGCUGUUGUGAUUUUGAGAUGAAGUCAAAAGAGAAAUUCUCACAGGCUGAAAAUUAACCAUUUUGCUUUUGGAUUUUGGCAGCAUUAUCUACGGGGCCGAAAGGAAGAUAAAAAGUUGCCAGUGUCAAUGCUAAAGAAACUUUUUUCCAUUUCAGAUUCUAGUUCCCAGAUGGUCUUGGUAACAUCAGGCCUUGGAGAAAGUCUGUUAGCGGAAACAGAGAUGUGAACAGAAUAUCUGAUGCGAAAAAUAUUUCCAUGUACUUUAUUUGGAAAGAUCGUAUAUUGGUGGAAAUGUGUAUUUUCACACAUCUUGUGUAAUGUCUACUGUGCUUCUGAAUUCAUGUGUGCACAAAGCAAAGACAGGAAAGCUAAUAUGCCUGUAUGCAAAUACUGGGCUGUGUGACUGGAGAUCCAUAUACUAGUCACCUUUUCUUUCCUGCUCUGGAACCAGAUCCUAAUCAAUCAGUCCUUAUCAUCUGCUUUUGAUGAUUCAGUUGCUGUAUUUUUAUACUUUGCCAUACUUAACUGAUCUUUGGGAGAAGCUGCAUUUUUUCAGAUGUAUAUAUUUAUGUAUAAGAGAUAUUCUUUUUAUUGCUUGUAUUUAUGCUUGGGUAAAAUUUUAUAAAAUUCACAAAAACAUGGCAGAGUUCUGAUCUACGUAUGGAUGAAAAAGUUAGAAAGGAGGAGAUGUACACUGAAAAUAGUAACAGCUCACCUGAGUAUGUCAUUAGUAAAACACUUUGGCUGCUUGA